GGAAGAGAAGGAGGAAGAGGAGGAGGAGGAGGAGGGGGAGGAAGAGGAGAAAGGCGCAGGGGUGGGAGCUGUAGCCGAAGCUGCCACCGCAAAAGUUCUCCCCCCUCCCCCCUUCCCCUCCUCUCCUGGCCCCUAGGAAGGUUGGAGCUGCCGCCGCCUGCAGUCGGGGACCGCGCGACUCGGCGCCCGCCCGCCCGCGGAUAGACGGCCGAAUUAGCAGUUUGGAAAUUUAGACAAGUGAUCUGGCGGGAUGGGCAUCUGCCUGGCGCAUUUAAUAGAGGAAUUGGAUGGCGUAAGUGAUUAGAGUGGAAGUGGUAUUGUGGGUUUCUGAUGCAUAUGAAAAGUAGAAACUCAACCAUGAUUUCUGUUUCAACUCUACAGCAUUCCCUUCCUUGAAGUCUUCAUUUUUACCAUAGACUCAGGCAGUUAUACUUAAGCAUGAACAUUGACGACAAACUGGAAGGAUUGUUUCUUAAAUGUGGCGGCAUAGACGAAAUGCAGUCUUCCAGGGCAAUGGUUGUAAUGGGUGGAGUGUCUGGCCAGUCUGCUGUGUCUGGAGAACUGCAGGAGUCAGUACUUCAAGAUCGAAGUAUGCCUCACCAGGAGAUCCUUGCUGCCGAUGAAGUGUUACAAGAAAGUGAAAUGAGACAGCAGGAUAUGAUAUCACACGAUGAACUCAUGGUCCAUGAGGAGACAGUGAAAAAUGAUGAAGAGCAGAUGGAAACACACGAAAGACUUCCUCAAGGACUACAGUAUGCACUUAAUGUCCCUAUAAGUGUAAAGCAGGAAAUUACUUUUACUGAUGUAUCUGAGCAACUGAUGAGAGACAAAAAACAAAUCAGAGAGCCAGUAGACUUACAGAAAAAGAAGAAGCGGAAACAACGUUCUCCUGCAAAAAUCCUUACAAUAAAUGAGGAUGGAUCACUUGGUUUGAAAACCCCUAAAUCUCACGUUUGUGAGCACUGCAAUGCUGCCUUUAGAACGAACUAUCACUUACAGAGACAUGUCUUCAUUCAUACAGGCGAAAAACCAUUUCAAUGUAGUCAAUGUGACAUGCGUUUCAUACAGAAGUACCUGCUGCAGAGACAUGAGAAGAUUCAUACUGGUGAAAAACCAUUUCGCUGUGAUGAGUGUGGUAUGAGAUUCAUACAAAAAUAUCAUAUGGAAAGGCAUAAGAGAACUCAUAGUGGAGAAAAACCUUACCAGUGUGAAUACUGUUUACAGUAUUUUUCCAGAACAGAUCGUGUGUUGAAACAUAAACGUAUGUGCCAUGAAAAUCAUGACAAAAAACUAAACAGAUGUGCCAUCAAAGGUGGCCUUCUGACGUCUGAGGAAGAUUCUGGCUUUUCCACAUCACCAAAAGACAACUCACUGCCAAAAAAGAAAAGGCAGAAAACGGAGAAGAAGUCAUCUGGAAUGGACAAAGAGAGUGCUUUGGACAAAUCUGACCUGAAGAAAGACAAAAACGAUUAUUUGCCUCUUUACUCUUCAAGUACUAAAGUCAAAGAUGAAUAUAUGGUAGCAGAAUAUGCUGUUGAAAUGCCACAUUCUUCAGUUGGGGGAUCACAUUUGGAAGAUGCAUCAGGAGAAAUACACCCACCUAAGCUGGUUCUCAAGAAAAUUAAUAGUAAGAGAAGUCUGAAACAGCCACUGGAGCAAAAUCAGACAAUUUCACCUUUAUCUACAUAUGAGGAGAGCAAAGUUUCGAAGUAUGCUUUUGAGCUUGUGGAUAAGCAAGCUUUGCUGGACUCGGAAGGCAAUGCUGACAUGGAUCAGGUUGACACUUUGCAGGAGGGGCCCAGUAAGCCUGUGCAUAGUAGUACUAACUACGAUGACGCCAUGCAGUUUCUGAAAAAGAAGCGGUAUCUGCAGGCAGCAAGUAACAACAGCAGGGAGUAUGCGCUGAACGUGGGUACCAUAGCUUCUCAGCCUUCUGUAACACAGGCAGCUGUGGCGAGUGUCAUUGAUGAAAGUGCCACAGCGUCCAUAUUGGAUUCACAGGCCCUGAAUGUGGAGAUUAAGAGUAAUCAUGACAAAAAUGUUAUUCCAGAUGAGGUACUACAGACUCUGUUGGAUCAUUAUUCCCAUAAAGCUAAUGGACAGCAUGAGAUAUCAUUUAGUGUUGCGGACACUGAAGUGACUUCUAGCAUAUCAAUAAAUUCUUCAGAAGUACCUGAGGUCACCCCAUCAGAGAGUGUUGGAUCAAGCUCCCAAGCAUCCUCAUCAGAUAAAGCCAACAUGUUGCAGGAAUACUCAAAGUUUCUGCAGCAGGCUUUGGACAGAACUAGCCAAAAUGAUGCCUAUUUGAAUAGCCCGAGCCUUAACUUUGUGACUGAUAACCAGACCCUUCCAAAUCAGCCAGCAUUCUCUUCCAUAGACAAGCAAGUCUAUGCAGCCAUGCCCAUCAAUAGCUUUCGAUCAGGAAUGAAUUCUCCACUAAGAACAACUCCAGAUAAGUCCCAUUUUGGACUAAUAGUUGGUGAUUCACAGCACUCAUUUCCCUUUUCAGGUGAUGAGACAAACCAUGCCUCUGCCACAUCAACACAGGACUUUUUGGAUCAAGUGACUUCUCAGAAGAAAGCGGAGGCUCAGCCUGUCCACCAAGCUUACCAAAUGAGCUCCUUUGAACAGCCCUUCCGUGCUCCAUAUCAUGGAUCCAGAGCUGGAAUAGCUACUCAAUUUAGCACUGCCAAUGGACAGGUGAACCUGCGGGGACCAGGGACAAGUGCUGAAUUUUCAGAAUUUCCCUUGGUGAAUGUAAACGAUAAUAGAGCUGGGAUGACAUCUUCACCUGAUGCCACAACUGGCCAGACUUUUGGCUAAAAAAAAAUGUAAAUAUUACUGGCACUUUAGAACAGAUUAAUCAAGAGAGUGGGGUUACUCUGUGUAAAAUGGAGUGCUGUACAGAUUUAAGAGCAACGCGUUAUAACAAGUUAAGCUGAUAUGAAUAGCAAGAUAAUCCAAUUACUGCAUUUUGUUUGGUUAGUCAGCAUUCUUUGAACUGCCUUACAUGUUGUCACCUUUAUAGAAGCAAUGCAUUACUUGUUUUAGAUCAGAAACUUGCUAUUCCACCUACACCAAGUUAAAAAGGAAAAAAAAAAAAGACUUUCGCACAAUUGUUUCCUAACUGAUAACAUUGUACAUUCUUAGGAGAUUAGUAAUUGUGUGAAAUUUACUCAUACUGUUUCUAAGUUUUUCAGCAUAGUCAUUGCACUUCAGCAGGGAAUCUGAGUAUACUUUAUAGACAGAGUGAACUUAAAAAGUUUAAAUGUCAAGAGAUUAUGGCUUAAAUAAAUUAGUGUGUCCUUUGGGGAAGAAAGAAACCAAGAAACCACCUUUUAAAAAGAAUGAUAUGCCAUAUACCCUUGGUUUUCAUUUUGCAUUAUAUUGACAUGUGUUUUUUUGAAGAAAAAAAGUAAUAAAAAUCUGAUAGUCUAAGACUCCACUAUUUAAAAGCCUAAUUACUUUUAAAAUAUGCAUACUUUCAAAACUUUUACCAAAAUACACAACUGUUGAAGCAUUCACUUCUCUAUGGAAGUAUGCAUAUUGGUGUCAGUUUCUUUGUACAGUUGUACCUAGAUAUUUUUUAUGAUUUUUCAUGUGCAGGUAUCAAGGUUUUGAAGUUUUAGUAAAAAAAAAUAAAUAAAUACUCUGUAGAUGACAUUCCCAAGAACAUAAUGCUUACAUAAAAUGUAUAUUCCACGUUUUAAAGCUUAAUUGUAUUUUACUUUACAUAUACACUUCAGUUAACAUAGAGCACUUAGAAUCUAUUUGGUAUUUUUGAUUUCUCAAAGUGAAAAAAUUAGAUUUCUAGGUUUGAUAUGAUUGUGUCAUAAUCAUCUCAUAAUUGACAAUUUUAAUUUUUGGCAAUAAAAAGAAAUUGGGAUAUCUUUGGAACUGUAAAACCUGGUUUAAUCCUUCUCUUUCUAGAAUCUUAAUAGAUUGGAUAAUUAAGCAGUAUCCAGAGAAACUAAAGAAAUGGGCAUUUUAAUUGCUUAUUUUAUCUUGAGUUAUUUUUUAAUGAACACUGCUCAUUACAAUUUUACAAACCAAAAGUGUUUACUAAUUCCAGUAACUAAUAUUUCUUUUUCAGCUAGAUAAGUGAUCGGAAUUUUUUUGUUGCAUUUCAAAAUCUAAAUAAACUACAGACUUUAUCCUUAUACCAUGAAUGUUUUUUUUUAAUACUUUGUCUUAAAAUAAUUCAGCAUGGUACAAUAAAUAGUGCUUUUAUAUAUAUAAAUAUAUACUUUUCUGAAGAAUGAUGGUUUGAGUUACACAUUGGACAGUUUUGAUUUUUGGAAAAUAACAUUAGUUAUAUUGUUAUCUUUAAUUUGUUCCAACUUUUUGUGUUUUAAGUUUCUGCCAUCUUUGUGACAAUGCACAUUACUGAUACAGCACCAGUGAUAAUCUAAAAUUAAUAGUCUUGGAAGACGGGACUUUAUUGUUAAUCUCCAUUUUAACUUUUAUAUUGGCCCUGUAGAUGUGCAUUCUUGGUUUCAGUGUAGAAUAUGUUAUCCAAUUAAAUUAUUUUCUUUUUUUAUUUAAUGUUAUCUUAUCCCAAGACUGUUCUCAUAAAGAAAGGGAACAAAGAAAUAUCCACCCUUAACGUACUUCACUUAUAUUCACUUAUUUUGAAUAUAUUGGUGUUUUUUAUUGUAAGGAAUAUAAGUUAUGUUUAAUGUGGUUUCCUCUAUACUUUGGUUAUUAAGCUUUGCUUGAAAUAGUAGUUUUCCCAUUUGACAGCUUUCUCUGCUGCUAAAUUUUUUCAAGUAUUUUAGACUUCUUUGAAGUAAAUAUUUAAGUCCUGCCAUUGUUGACUCUUAAGGUUGGUGUAUGUGGUGCAUCACAGAAUUGCAGGAAGGCUUCAUUCAGGCAAGAUGCUAACGCGGAGCACCGGCACCGUGCCCCCUCUGGAGAGGCCUUCGUGUUUUUCCUGGAGACCUUUGGAUGAGAGUAGGCAUUUAGCUCCUGAGUUUGAUCUCUUUUGAGCCUGAUGAAAAAUUUUGUUCCAGUUGAGAACUCGCUGUAGUUCUUGGUUCAGUGUAAAGUCUUUGUUUAACAUCACCAGCACAGUUCUAAGAAUGUGACUCUAUUGCUGAGUUAGGGUAAGGUUGAGAAGAAGGACCUUUGACAAUGGUAGCCAUGCAAGCAAAAUUUCAGGUGUUGCAUUCCUGUCAACACAUUUCUUUAAAUCUACAUAUUGGCAGACUUUUCUACCAGGUUUUAAGCAUUUUUGAGAUACAUGAUACUUAGCCAGCAUAACUUACUGACUAACCAUUUAAGUAUAGUCAUCACUCUCUUACUGUGAAAUGCGGAAUGCCUACCAGACUUACCUUGUAUUAUCAUCAUAUGAUAAACAUCUCAACACUUUGGGUUUCCCACUUUGGUUCAGAACGUUAUUUGAUUUCCACCUGGGCAUUAAUAGAGAAAAGAAGCAGCCUUGGGUGCUGCUUUAAGCAGAAACGUGGAGGAUAUGAGGUAUCCUUUUGUAAUUCACGCUUCUCAUUUCUCACAGCGAGCAAAUUGUUCUGUGAAAGCAUGCUCUUACACACCCUUAAACUUUUGAUGGACGUGAGCGAGCUGUGCUUUUUCACUUAGGGCCUACUCGCGUAUUUGAAGAUUGGAAACAUCCCAGUAGAUGAGGUAAUAUCUCUUAAACAUCCGCUGAAAGUCUUUUGGGUGGGUUUUUUUGGUUUUGUUUUGUUUCAGCUUAAAUUUUUAUUGCAUAUGUAUUUCAUUUGGUUCGGAAUAUUUGAGUGGCUCUUAAAAUUUUUCGGAUCUACAUGCAGACGUGCUACUUGCUAAGGUAGGAAUCCAUCCUCUCAGCUCCGGCUGAGGGUGCCAGCAGCUGUGUCAUUUUCUCUCUCGGGAGGUAGAAAAGACCAUAUGCUCAGGGCAGGCUUUUGUUUCCAAAAUGGGCAAUGCUUGCAAAGUGCCAGCUAGGUUAGAUCUUUUGCCACUUCUCUCAUUUUAUUAAUUUGGGUUUUAAAAGGGCUGUUUAAAAAAAAAAAAAAAAAAAAGCCGGGAAACUUUCAAAGUAGGCAUUACUGUAGUACUACGUUUCUAAGAAAAUUUUAAACUAGAACUCAUUUUUUCAUGGUGUAUUUACUUGAAGAAGCACUAUUAUAAUCAGUGAGAAAUUUUUUGAGUCUGCAAUUUAAUUUAAACCUUUUCCGUUUCAAAUUGCUUUAUUUCAGGGAAAUAAUUUUCCAGUUGUUUUUUGCUAUAUUCUGCAAAUAAAAACCGUAUGUUUCCUUUUUUUGACUUAAACUUUAGUAGGAAACAAACUAAAGCAGACAAACAUUUCUUGUUAUGUUUGUUGCUUUCUUUAAUCCAAUGGAUAAAAAAGUAAAACCCUGUAAACAUUAUUUUAUUUUUUUAUGCAAUACCAUGCUGUAAAUAUGGUUCAUCGAAUAAGGAUGUACCUAUGAUUGAAUCUUUAAUUCUGCACAGUUAGAGUUUAUAUAUAAACGUGUCUUGACAAUCAAGGACUUUUAUGUGAGUCUUCCUUUAUGAUGUUUAUUAAUGUUAUGCAUUCCAUUUGUUUUGAAGUGAAUACCAAUGUGCUAAUUUGUAUUGUCUGAAAGUAUGUAAUGUUUUUACAGCUUGUUUUUAAGAAUCUGUAAAUAUGUACAAACAGAUCACAGUACUGCUUUAUGUUAGAAGGCAUAUGAUGUUGUACUGUAUGUAAGCAAUAAUACAUAGCAGUGCUGACUUUACAAGUAGCAUCAGGAAAGUUCUAAAAACAUUUCAGAGUUAUUAAUUAUCCUUAUUUCAUUUAAUAAUGAUUAUCUUUAAUCAGUUUUUAUAAGCAGAUUCCAUUGUUCCUCCUGUUGGAACGUAACACUGUUUACACAGCAUAAUUGAAGUUGCAGGGGAGACAGGCUAGAUCUGACUGCAUCUGUACAUCCAUACUCACAUCCACUAAGCAUUGAAUGGCCUUAGCACUCUGCUGGGAGACGGAGGAAGACCGCAAAGCUUAGUGCCCAUCACACUGAAGGAAGGGGUGUGGGGUUUUUCCUGCUUUUGUACUGCUACCUAACCUUGUGGUUUGCUUUGGAUUUUCAUAUUUGUUUCUGUUUUAGAUUCAAGCCUGUAAGUUUUGAGAUGACUUCAGCUCCUUUGUGAAAUAGGUAGUUCUCUUCAUAUUUCAUAGCUACAUUUCAAUAACUCUAAACUUUCUACUUUGAUUUUUAGAUACUUAUUUUUCAAGCCUGAUUUCUCAGCUGAUCAGAUGAAUUUAUUCAACUUCAAUACAAAGAAAGAAAAACCUAUUGUAGUUUGAAGUGAGUAGAUAAUAUACUGUACAGAACAGCUAACUAUUUGAACACACACAUCACUGCUUUAGAAAUAAAACCGCCAAUUUAUAAAUGUAUAUGACUUACAUUUUAUAGGAGAAAUGUUUUUAAAUGCUAGUCAUUUAUAUAAUGUGCUUUGAAGGGUUUGCUAGUCCACUUCUGUCACUUUUUAGUACACUGGUAUCUUUUAUAUGUAAUGUAUGCUUUUUAUUAUUGUAGCAAAGCAUUUCAGUAGGAAGAAUUUUGCAACAAUAUGGGGGAAUUUUUCAUUGUUGGAUUUGAAUUAUACUGGAUUUUAUCUGUGUAGUCUUGUCUUUAUUUUAAUGCUGUCUGGAAGGGAACUUGGUAUCCAAAUAAAGCAGGUAACCUCAUUUUACUUCAAGGGCAUACUGUGUAGUGCUGAAUUUAAUCUGGAAAUCCGAUGAUUUUGAAAAGAAAAACAAGUUUAUAAAAAUUGUACAGAAGAAAUUAAAUGUGUGAUGGAAAUCCUGACGGUGGAGCACGUUGAAUUUUCUGGUAUAUAUAGUGUUAUUUUCCUGGGACUCCCUAUGCCUUCUUUGUAUUUCAACUAAUAAAAGAAAAGCCCUGUCACUGAAACUGGUAGGAUAAUAGGAUAUUCUGAUGAUACAGUAUUACUUUUCCUAUCCCACUUCUGACCCUUUCUCAAUCACUGUAAAUUUUUAUUUUCUAUUGAUAAUUAAACAUGUACAUAAUAUA